AUGGAGCCCUUUGCAGAGGGUGUUGAGCAGCUCCUGGAGGAUGCCUCAUCACGGGGCAAUUUCACCUGCAAAUCGAUCCUAGCACCAAAGCAAGAUGCCUGCAAGGUCCUGGAUUCCUCCGAAGGCGGUGCUGAGGGAGAGGGGCUGCAUAUCAACCUGCAGCAUCAGGCUCCCCCACACCCGCUGAUGCCCAGCACUGCCCUGGCACUGUCACUUGGGGUACCUGACUCUUUCAUACUUUUUUUUUUGGCAGAUAGUGUUAAUUGUAUCUGGCUUUCUUGUAAGGUAGCACAGAAUGAACAGAGUACCAGGAUUAUUUAUGAUCGUAAAUUUUUGAUGGAGUGCCGCGAUUCUCCAGUUGCCAAAACACCACCUUCUGACCUUCCGGACAUUCCAGGUGUUACAAGCCCAAACGUGGAGGAGUUGAAGAUUGAGAACAACCAUGUCCAAAACUGUGAUGAGAAAGUGAGCGCAGGUGAGGAAGAGCAGUUUGACAUGGACAUCUAAAGCAUGUGCCCUGAGAGUGCUUAUCCAGUGAAGAACCAGGACCUUGUCUUGAGGAUUCCCACCAGCCAGGCUUAAAAGUAGCCCAUGCCUUGAGUGCCUUCCGGCUUCCUGGGAAAGGCAGUUUCUUCCCUUCCGAGAACAGAGUGUGUCCUGUGACAAGGACUGAGUCUCAGCCUCUCCGUGUGGGUGCGACGAGGCAAGCGCAGCCCCUGCUGAUGAUGGGCCUUGGAGUGCCGGAGGAGACACUCUCAAUGAUUGUUUUUGUUUCCAGUUUUAUGCUUUUGUUAAUCAUUUUAAUACUGUAAAAGUUACAGAAAUGCAAUGUAAGGGAGAAAUAAAAAUCAUUGAAUCUCCUGGUAUGGAGGUUAAUGCAAUAA